AUGAUGCUGGGAGAGCCCUCAGAGUCUGCUGACUGCUGGAAGAAGGCAGGCGACGAGGCGCUUGCCCACAACAUCAAGGGCGUGAUCAUGAUGGGUGCCCAUUGGGACGCCGCCGGCGACAGGAUCGAGGUUGCAACAAACCCAAAUCCGGGAAAAUCGCCCGUGGCCUACGUCCAUCCCUCGAAAUAUGUCGACUACAAGCUGAACCCCGACCUCAAAACGGCUGACCGUUGCAUCUCCAUGCUGGCGGAUGCCGGCUUUGACGUCGCGGCCAAUCCCAAGUUCGACUGGAUUCACGACACCUACCUGAUAUUGAUUCGCAUGUUCCCCAACGGCUGCCCACCGACCGUGCUGGUCUCCAUGAACGCCCGCUUCGAUCCGCACUUCCACGUGAAAGUCGGUGCUGCCCUGCGGCCGCUAAGAAAAGAAGGGUACUUGCUAAUCGGCUCUGGUGGCGCUGUGCACAACUUGUACCGAAACGUUUGGAUGCCAAUGCUACGGUUCAGCGACAAUUUUGCUCAGGAGACCCCUCCUGAGCCGUGGGCGCUCGAGUUUCGCCAGGCGGUCGAAGACGCAUUCGUUCAUAACAGUGGCCCAAAGCUGCGGAGGGCUGUUACGCGUCUCAUGAAGCACCCGUUGUACCGUGACGCCCAUGCAACUGAUGAUCACUUCAUGGCUGCCAUGUUUGUUGCAGGUGCGGCGGGAGAUGAGGAGGAUGAGGGAGUGUAUGCCAACCUUACAGCCGAGACAUGGGAGUUGACGAACAUGUGCAAUAGCCAGUUCACGAUCGGGAACUGGCCCAAAACGCUCAAUUUGGCGGCAUAA